AAGAAGCUGGAGGAUUGACAAUAAACUAAAGAAACAGGUUUGGACAAAAAUCUUUAGCAGAAAAUAUGGAAAAGAGUUAAUGUGACAUGAGAUACUCGGGGUCUAAAAUUUGCAGGCCAACUGAAAAAUGCCACAAAUAAAGUUAGCUGAGUUAUAUUUUAUGUAAAUUUAGUUAUUCCUAUUAAUUGUACUUCUCAAAACAUGACUUAUCGAAAAGUGAUUAAUAAUGAAAACAAAAAGAUUGAACUAGGAAAAAGAAAAUAGAGCAUGUGUAAUGAUUUCCAACCCCAAAAAACCUGUGAAUUAUUGGCAAUGCAGUAUGACAGGAGGACCUUUUGCAAGCCUAAUACUGUAACCUCUCUAAAAACUGAAAAGGGAUCUAUCCAUUGCUGGAAACAUGCAACAAAAUAUGGUGCAAUCUAAGCAAAGAUCUUCUGCUGCUAUCAACAGUUGACUGCUAGCUGUGGUAGGGUGGUCAAAGAAAAAAAGAAAAAAAGAAAAAAAGAAAAAAAGAAAAAAAAGAAAACAGCUAUAGAGUGUAUGGUUCCAUUCACAUGGGACCCCUGAACUCUGGUUGAUCUCUUUAUAACAGUAGUUGGGGUCCCGCGACAUGCCCUACCAAACCCAAACAACACAGCGCCCUUUCUAAUAUUGUCAAAGUUGUAAUAAAUGCAUGAAAGCCCCUAUAAAGACAACGAGUAAUGUGAAAGUGAAGAAAUUGUGGAGGGGGUUGCCUUCUUUUCAUGAUUGACUUAAGCUUGAUGCAGUUUACAAGAACUAAGAAUAUCUUAUUUUAUUUCUUGGUCAUGUCAUGAGUCAUAAGGCCUUUGCCUUAGGAGUUAGGAUCCUUUAUUGCACCAAUUUAAUCAAUUAAAACCACAAAUAAAUAAACAAAAACCUGCCACAUGAAUCCAAUAAAACCCACCUACCCUCCAUUGCCGUUGCCUUCACGAGUGCUUCAUUUGUGCCCUAUUUUUCUCUUCAUCCCUCCACCCCCAUUCCCAUGCAUUCCUCAUUAAUCCCUUAGAUAUAGGGACUCUCCUUUGACUUCAUCUGCAACUCCCCACACUCCAUCACAAAAAACAUUUGUUUUUACGUAAACAUUUUCACAGCUAAUUGCAAAGAAACUACACUGAAUACAAGAAACCAAGAUUUUAUUCAGCAUUGCACAAACUGGCUCUUGACUGAGUUUUGUUGGGUCCCCUCCACCCAAAAUCUUGUUUUAAGCUCAAAGCCCUGACCUUUUCCACAAAUAUAACCUACCCUUUUCCCCAUUCAAGAAAACUACACUCACAUUCUUCACUCCCCUCACAAUGCCGACUCAAUCCGACUCACCCAGUAACUCACUGAGUCAACUCGCUCAGAACGUCUUCUCCGACAACAACAGCAGCAUCAUGCUCGCAGCCGUUCUUUCCUUGCUCCUAGUCAUCCUCUUUGUCCUCCUACUCCACGUGUAUGCCAAGUGGUUCUUAUCUCAGUCGCAAUUACGUUCUCACACUCGCCGGUGGCGAACUCCGGUGACUGUCUCCGACGUUCUGGAACCUUCCCAUUUCCACAGUAUCAACAUAGAAGCUUCACCCACCUGCCCGAAGGGCCUGGAUUCAGCGACAGUUUCAGCAAUUCCCAUGUUUGUGCACAAAACAGAGAAAACAGAGGAAUUGGAAUGUGUGAUCUGUUUGAGCGUUAUUGAGGAGGGUGAGAUUGGAAGGAGAUUGCCAAAGUGUGGCCACGCUUUUCAUGUGGAGUGCAUUGACAUGUGGUUUACUUCACAUUCCAAUUGUCCCAUUUGCAGAGCUCCUAUUCUGGGAAGCGAUGAUUCUGAACCGGGUUCUGAUGACGUCUUUGAGAUUGUGGUUGUUACUCCUGGUUAUGAGAUUAGUCAUAGUGAAAUCGGUGCGAUGAGUGGUUCUGUUCCAGAAAAUUCUUCUUCUUUGUUGGCUUUCUCUCUGAAGAGAUUGCUGAGUAAGGUUUUUCUGUCACCUGACCAUGUAACUGAGUUGAAUGCUUCACAAUGAAAUAUGAACUCUUCUCAAAGUUUA